AUGAUUGAUAACUAUAAUCAUUGGCACAAGAAUUUGUCAUUUUUCCUUCUUGGCUAUCGCACCACUAUUAGGACUUCUACUGGAGCAACACCUUAUUUGUUAGUUUAUGGAACAGAAGCAGUGUUACCCAUAGAAGUAGAGAUACCGUGUUUGAGAAUUAUUCAGGAAGCUGAGUUGAGUGAUGUCGAUUGGAUCCAAAAUUGGUAUGAACAAUUGAUGCUAAUUGAUGAAAAGAGGAUGAACGCAAAUGAAGCUAAAGGAAAGUUCGCACCUAACGGGGAAGGGCCUUACGUCGUUCAUCGAGUAUUAACAAGCGGAGCACUGACCCUAGCAGAAAUGGAUGGUGAAGUAUGGCCAAAAGCCAUCAAUGCAGAUGUUGUUAAGAGAUACUAUGUCUAG